UUUUGAAAUUUCAACACUAUGCUCAAUAGCCCACUUUAUUAUUAUUAGUAAUAAAUUACUUUUCAAUCAAAACUUUUUAUCCCUCUUGAAAUAUUCUACUUUGUACACCUCUCUCAUUUCCCUAUGAAUUUGCAAAACACUACCUUCUUAAUCCUCACAAUUAGUAUCAUCCAAAUCCCUUCCACCCCAAAAUUAACCUUAGCUCAAUCCCAAUUCCUCCAUCAAUGGUGUGGCAAAACUACAUACACUCCCAACAGUAUAUACCAAUCAAACUUAAACACCAUUCUAUAUCUCAUCUCAACGAACACUCAAAUCACUAACGGCGUUUAUCACUUCUUUGUCGGACAACCCCCUGACAGAGUAAACUCAUUAGCCAUCUGUCGGGGCGAUGUCCCGCCCACAACAUGUCGUAGGUGUCUCCAAGACGCAUCCAGUUGGCUAUUACUCCCAAAUGUUUGUCCUAACCAAAAAGAAGCAUUUGGGUAUAGUGGAUAUUGCUCAAUAUCCAUAACAAAUGAAACUAUUUCUGACCAAGUACAAGACCAAAUAGCACCACCAUGGUAUGUUAUUAACACGGGUAAUGUUGACAACGACGUAAAUAAUUUUAAUACAACGUUGUACGCUUUAAUGGGUGAGCUUCGAAAUCGAGCAGCUUCGGGUAAUUCUGACCUGAAAUAUGCUGAUGGAAAUAUGAGUUUAAAGGGUGGUCAGAAAAUUUAUGGGCUUGUACAGUGUAGACCUGAUUUGGAUAAGAAUAAUUGUAUGGAUUGUAUUGACAAUAACAUUCUUUUUUAUCUUCCAACAUGUUGUAUUGACCGUACAAUUAAAGCUUCUGAAGUGAAAUUAGUUCAUCCAAGUUGCUUUGCGCGGUAUGCACUUCAACCGUUCUUUGGGGUCAGGAACGUACCUAAUUUGACUUUAUCGGCACCUCAAUCAUCAGAUCUGAUACCGAAUAACAGUAAUAGUAAUAUCACGGCAGUGUCAAAAACUCGGAAGCGUCGGAAUAUUAAAGCCAUUUCUAUUUCCAUCUCAAUUGUUGUUUCUGCAAUACUUUUUAUAAUCUUUGUCUUUAGCAUCUUAUUAAGGAGGAAAAAGUUGAUGGGGACGAAGCCUCGGACUAUGGUGAAAUUUAGCAAAGAGGAAAUGAAGGCCCUCAAAUCCUUGCAAUAUAGUCUUGGAGACAUCAAGUAUGCAACUCAAAACUUUUGCGACCAUAACAAGAUUGGAGAAGGUGGAUUUGGCAUGGUUUACAAGGGUAAGCUUCCUGAUGGACGAGAAAUAGCAGUAAAGAGGCUUGUGCGAAACAAAGGACAAGGAGAUGUAGAAUUCAAAAAUGAAAUUCUUACAUUAGCAGGGCUUCGGCACAGAAAUUUGGUUAAACUUGAAGGAUUUUGCUUGCAAAGAAAAGAAAUGAUACUCAUCUAUGAGUUGGUGCCCAAUAAAAGCCUUGAUAAUUUUAUUUUUGAUUCUUUGAAGCGUUCAUCUAUGUUGUGGGAAACACGUUACAAAAUUAUCAUUGGCAUAGCAAGAGGGAUUCUAUACCUCCACGAAACUUCGAGGCUAAACAUCAUUCAUCGUGACCUUAAAGCAGCAAAUAUUCUCUUAGAUGAAGAUUUCAAUCCUAAGAUUGCGGAUUUUGGCAUGGCAAGACUCUUUGACAUUGAUCAAACUCAAGCAAGUUUGGCAAGCAAAAUUGUUGGUACCUUAGGAUACAUAGCUCCAGAGUAUGCACUACAACAUCAAGUAUCAGUAAAAUCCGAUGUCUACAGUUUUGGGGUACUCGUCUUGGAGAUAAUAAGCGGGCAAAAGAUAAGUUCAUUUCAAACUGACGAGGAGAAUCACGAACCCCUUCUUAACUUUGCAUGGAGAAAUUGGAUCAAAGGCACACCACAUAACCUAGUAGAUCCAACAUUAGUAUCAACCGGCUCGAGUUUCGAGAUUCAGAGAUGCAUACAAAUUGGUUUAUUGUGUGUUCAAGCCAACCCAAGUGAUAGACCAACAAUGUCUUCAAUUGAUUUAAUGCUAAGUAGCAAUUCCGUUGAACUUGAAGUUCCAUCACAACCUGCAUUUUACACAGAAAGCAAGAGUUUACCUAAUAUGCUUUCUAAUUGGAGUUAUGCAAUUUCUGAUGAGUCAAGUAGUAAAUCUGCAAUUGUUUCAAUUAAUGAUUUUUCAAUUACAGAGUUGCACAGGGUCGAUAAAGAUGUGUCGGAUAUGGAUGAUUUAAGGUUUGGAACGGUUGAUAAGAGUUUCUUGAUCAAAGCAACAAAGAAAGAAGCAGACUGUGAGUGGCUCGACCAGCUGCUCGAUCGAGUAGAGCCUAGCUCGACUGAUCGAGCGGUGUUGGCUCGGUCGAGCAAGGUGUUCAGAACAGCAUAUUGGUCCUACACUCCUAGUCUUCUACAUAUAAAAGGCAAAAUAUAUGAUGAGCUACAAGAUGAGCUGAAUGAAGGGAAGGGAAGGGCUAAGAGAGGGACAACGAGAAUCAAACUCAAUAGCUUAUCUGUAAAAUUCGAAGCGCCUCUUUUUAGUGCCCAAAAAAUCCACCAAAUGUGGCUCCUAUUAUGUCUACUCCUUUUCAUUCCUUCCAUCCAAAUGACAAUAAGGAUCAUGGAACUAACAAAGUUACCCUUAUUCUUGUUCUUAGUACCUCAACUCGUUUUAUUGAUCCCAAAAUCUUGUGCUCAAAUUGAUUUCAUCUACCAUAUAUGUGGUGACAAUUACACAACUCCUAGUCCAUAUGAAAAUAACCUCAAAACAGCUUUGAAUUCCAUGUCGUCGGAUACUCGAAUCAAUUAUGGCUACUACAACUUCACUGCAGGCCAUGAACCCGACAAAGUCGAAGCUACGGCUCUAUGCAGGUCCGAUAAAUCCAUCGAUACAUGCCGGUCAUGUGUCCGUGACUCAGCUGCUACUCUGCCUACAGUCUGUUUCAACAACAAACAGGCUUUUGGGUUGUCUGAAUAUUGCUUACUAUAUUACCCCAACAUUUCUGCUUUUCAUAAUCGUACUGGAAUUCCAUAUUAUGAGGUUAAUGAUUAUGAGAAUGUUACCAACAUGCCCAAAUUUAAUAAUUCACUUAUAUCAUUAAUUACCAACUUGAAAAACAAGGCUUCUUUAGGCAAUUCUGAGACUAAAUUUGCUACAGGAAAGGUUAAUGUUACCUCUAACAGUUCCUUAUAUGGUCUUGUUCAGUGUAGUCCUGAUCUGUCCAGGACUCAUUGUGUAAAGUGUGUUGAGAGCCUUAUUGAUUCCGUCUAUUCAUCUGAUUUAGUAAAUCUUUCGAAGGGGUUGUUGUUUAUGGCUGAAGGCGCAAGGGUAGUUGCGCCUAGCUGCAAUAUCCGAUAUGAACUCUACCCUUUUUAUGAUUAUGUUACUUAUGGGGCUCAACCUCCAGCACUAACACCAUCACUUUUUUCCAACAAAAAUAUAGAGAGCAGCAAGUCCCAUAAACUUGCUAUAAUUGUUGCCUCAACAAUAGGGGCAUUAGUACUUAUCUUGAUCAUCACAGCUGCCAUCUGCAUCAUACUGAGGAGAAAGCAGAGAACAUUUUCAGGGAAAUUUAGUAAGGAAGAAAUGGAGGAUGUUCCGCCCUUGCAAUUCAAUAUAAGGGUGAUUAGGACUGCAACACAGAACUUUGCUGAUGAAAAUAAGCUUGGUGAAGGUGGCCUUGGAACUGUUUAUAAGGGGAAGCUUCGAGAUGGGCAAGAAAUAGCAGUGAAAAGGCUUGAGAGGAAUGCAUUAUUGGGAGAUAUCCAGUUCAAAACUGAAAUAUCAACCCUUGCUAAGCUUCACCAUAAGAAUCUUGUGAAGCUUCUAGGAUUUUGUAUGGAGGAGGAAGAAAUGCUUCUUAUAUAUGAGUUUGUGAUCAAUAAAAGCCUUGACAACCACCUCUUUGAUCCGAAGCUGCACCAUGGCUCGCUGCUCUGGGAUACGCGUUACAAAAUCAUCAAUGGUGUUGCCAGAGGACUCCUCUACCUCCACGAAGAUUCUAGAUUGCGUAUCAUUCAUCGUGAUCUUAAAGCUGCUAAUGUAUUACUAGACGCAGAUUUCAUUCCUAAGAUUGCAGAUUUUGGCACUGCGAAGUUGUUUAAGUUUGAUCAGUCUCAAACUAUGACAAAAAACGUAGUUGGUACCCAGGGAUAUAUGCCGCCCGAGUAUUUGAGCCAAGGUCAGGUUUCACUUAAGUCGGAUGUUUAUAGCUUCGGAGUGCUUGUGCUAGAGAUUGUAAGCGGACAAAACAUUAAUACUUUCAAAAUCGGAGAAAACUCGGAAAAUCUACUUGCUUUUGCAUGGAAGAAAUGGACAGAAGGCGAUGCUUGGAGUGUCGUAGACCCUGCACUAUCUGUUGCAUCAAGAGCUGAAAUUGAGAGAUGCAUACACAUAGGUUUACUCUGUGUUCAGAAUAACAUGUCAAAAAGACCUACUAUGUCUUCUGUUUCUCUUAUGCUAAGUAGUUUCUCGAUGGCUCUCGAAAUGCCUGCACAACCCGCGUACUUCACACAAAGCCCCAUGUUACUGAAUGUUCCUUCACAGGAGAAUUCCUCAGAUCAAUCUAACAGCAACAUUAAAUGAGUUUAUUGUGACAGAAGUCCUACCUAGACGAUGGAACUUAUUUUCGGUUCAAAUACUUUUUACAUCACUUGUAAGCAUGCGCUCACAGGUGAAGUUCACCUUGUACCAUAUCAAGGACGAAAACGUUCUGUAAAGUACAUGAUAGUGUAUAUAACAUAUCCUAGGGUUUGAACCAUAAUAUCUUUUAUGUCGGAGUAAUUAUGAACUUGAGAAGAUGAAUUAAUUAUCUAGAUGUUAAUCCUAUUCUAA